AAUCAGCCGGCAUAUUUCGCCUACGAGCUUUAUGAGGCCAUGAAGGGUUUUGGGACGCAUGAUAAGGAUCUGAUCAGAAUUAUCGUAUCGCGUUCUGAAGUUGAUUUAGCACUCAUCCGACAGCAGUACGAGCAAAGCUAUGGCAAAUCUCUGAUCGAUGCCAUACAAUCUGAAUGUUCCGGCGCUUACAGUGAUACACUUGUGGCUAUCGUGCAAGGAAACUAA